GCCAGGUGUCAGCCCAGAGGUGUGCCCUGGUAGUUAAACAGUUCAAGUCCAAGUUCAAAGAGGGAGGAGAUGCUUUCCUGGAGGAAUCCAUCAUAAGGAGAGAAUUGUCGGAUAAUUUUUGUUACUAUGUGGAGAACUAUGACUCCAUAGAGUGUGCAUACGACUGGGCCAAGGAGACGUUACGAAAACAUGCCAGUGACAAGCGCGAGUACGUGUACACAUGUAAACAGUUAGAAGAAGGGAAAACACAUGACGAUCUCUGGAAUGCAGCACAGCUGCAAAUGGUAAAAGAGGGCAAGAUGCAUGGAUUCCUCAGAAUGUACUGGGCAAAGAAAAUCCUGGAGUGGACCAGCAGUCCUGAGGAGGCUUUGAAAAUUAGUAUUUAUCUCAAUGAUAGGUAUGAGCUAGACGGAAGAGAUCCUAAUGGAUACGUAG